UGUAUUACGUGACUGUAAGAGUCCCAUUUUUCUCAAAAGGCGGAUUUUUCAAAUUGUAGGGCGGUAUAUUCUUUUUUUUUUACUUUUGUUAAAUGAGUACAUACUUUUUUUAUGAAGAUGGCCAGGGAAACAUUUGUGAUGAAAAUGGGCGCGAUGCGAUGGAAUGCGAAGAAGAGAUUAACCCCUUCCAUCUAAAAACAUUAACUCGUCUUCGACUUUACUGCGAGAAGCAAAAUACAGAGCAGAAGGACACUGCUGAGAUGGAAGCCUUAGAUGCUGAGAUGGAGGAGAUUGCCACCAACUUAAAGAUCAAUAGUGAUUAGCAGGCGGUGUUGCUGAAAGAACUGCACAGAAAUGGGCUAGGAGACUGAAAGAGGAUAAAGAUUGGAAUAUCUUUGAAAAACAAACCAAUAAAAUCAAUAAAUCAGCAGGCCAGCUUGAUGAGAAGCAUAAGAUUCACCUUUUAAAUUUUUAUGACAGUAAUCCUCAAGCCAGGGUUGUG